UAAAAUACUUAAGUUUUUACCUGCUUAGAAUACACAAUUUGUAGGUUAUACCUUAGCAAAAAUAAAUGGAGGACUGAACAGAACUUCACUCAGCUAUCUGCUUUAAAAGGUACUUUUUGCUUUCUGAUGUUUACUGUUCAAAACACUGUUGAAGUAUUUUUUUUAAAUGUUCAUUACUUAUAGCAAGCAAAAGCAGAAGAAAUAACAGGUAAUAAAUUAAUUUUAUUAUUUAAUGAUGACAUGGUUUGAUUUUUCUUCAGUAAAAAAAUAGUUAUUCUAGAAGGCCAAACAAUAAUUUAAGUCAUAAACAGGCAAGACCAAGGAAAAAAUGUUAAAUAUGACCUACUCUGUGUUGUAAGAAUGCUAAAAUAUAUAGCAACCUGGGAAUAAGAAUGUCCAGGGGAAACUUUUUGCCUGAUUUUAGAAUGUUUAAUAAAAAGACUUAGAAAAUGUGAGGUUUUCUUAGUCACAAGUCUCCAGCAGAAGGUUGUACGACAGUAGCAGGCUCUUACCACAUAUCUGCAGGUCUGCUCUAAAGGCUUCUGAGGGGGGGGACUCUCCAGGUCAGAGAUGAGGAGCCAGCGCUGGCUGCUGCUGCUGCUCUGCUUUGUGCCUACUGUGCUCUAGGGGAGAUUCCUGGCCCUGUGACUCUUCUGGUCUGAAAGCACUUUCUUGGUGGCUAGGAAAGGCUGCUAUAAAUCAUCAGCCUUGGCAAAUGGGGCGUUUUAAGGGGUGUGUUGUGACCAUCUUUCUCCUUACUUUGCUUUUUCACGAAAGAGCAGUCGUGAAAAUGUUGCACAUUAUUCUGAAGGUGUGGACAGUUACUUUUUGCUUAAACUCGGUUGAGAUUCAGAAGCUGGAUUUUACUGGUUGUAAAAUACUGUAUUUAAGCACAAAACCAGACCCUAGCGGAAUUUUUCAAGCCAAACAGUGAAGUUGUCAGUGAUUUUUAGGAACUUCCAAAGCUGUGAAGCUGCUGAGUAUGAUAUCUGGAUCAAAACUAUGGAUUUAGGUUCGUUCUGGUUUUGUAUCUUGCUUACUUUUCUUUGAAAAUGCUACUUUUCUGUUCCAUCACAAAACAGUAUCAAGAUAGAGGCUUUCAAAAUAGCUUUACACAAUGUGUGAAAUCUGGGGGAAAAAGCAUGAAAUACGAGGUUUAAUUAUUAUCUUAGAAUAGACUGAGUAAUAUGCUUUGGAAAAAGUAGUUAGAUAUUUAGCUUGUGCAUACUCUCUGAACAUACUUAGCUUAAUAAGUACUUAAGCAAGUGAUUUUAUUAAGUCUUGAGAAGUAAGUGAAAGGACAAGAAAUAUGAGAAUUUUCCAGUUUCUGCUGCAACUGUCACAUUGCUACCUGUUUUAGCUACAAAAUAUAGAAAUCUGGGUCUUUUAAUGAUACUAUUUUUUUUUCUCAGCAGCUGACUUUAUGCAGCUAUGACAUGCCUACUAGAAACAUUUUCUUCAUCUUGUUCAAUAGAAUCAGUUUAUUCUAUCUUGACAUUUUACCCCAUGCUUCUUGCUGGCAGUCGGGGAUACUGCCUUCUGCCAGUCCAAUUCUCUAAUAUAACGUGAAUUUGAUUAAUCUGGGGCACUCUUCUUCCAAGAAUCUCUGUGGUACAAGCAGUCCUUUGAAGAAACUUGCUGUCACCUUACUGUUUUAUGGAUCGUAUCUGGAUGCCUAAAGAUGAAUUUGUAAAGGAAACUAAUCUGAGCUCUACUUGCAGAAAUUAUGGCUCUAGAGUGCCAUGAGCUCCCCGUCAGGCAUUGGCACUGGCUGGCACAUGAGUGCUGCUAAAGAAUUUGGCCAUCCAGGUGCUUGGGGAUGCCUGCCUGUUCCUGCAGCAGCAAGAGUUUAAGAUCUGGCCCCAAAACCAUGCCAGGGCCUGAGCCAGCAUUAAUGCCAUGUGAGAGGGGCCCAGGUCUCCGUGAAGCGUAGUACGAGGCAACCUUCCCUGCAAGCCCUGCCUUGUACAGUGCUAAGGAGGGCAGAACUGGUAACUGAGAAUGAGUUUUAUACCCACAUAGGUUUCACCUGUCUUCUGAGUUUUAUCAGUUGACCUUCCUCUGUGUGUAUUUUGUCAUCUGUUGUGAAUUGCAAAUUAGGGAAUUGAUACAUCAGCAAUUGUAUCUGGACCAUCAUGUGCAAUCCCCAAUUGCCACGUUUUUUAUGAAGCUGAUUAAUUCUGUAUACAUUUAAUUUGUAUAUCUGCCCCUAACUUGCCUGUGAGAAGUCUGGUUGAGGGUUUUAUUUGUGUAUAAUUUACAUAAACACCGUGUAGAAGAAAAAAACCCCAGCUUUUGUUUUGCUUUAAAAAUUACUGCCCGAUUAUUUAAUUUGAUAUACUAAAGUUUGGAUUAUAGAAAAUCAUGAAUAAUGGCUCCUUGUCUCCUAUAUAUAAACCUCUGUCAUAUUCUUUCACAGAACCUUCCAUGUACAGAAACUUCCACACACCUGACAUAGAGGCAUUGAGAAUGUCACAUACAGUAUUGUCAAUUCAAUUAAAGAUGUGGCAGCAUGAAGUGCAAGGAAAAAGAAAUCUGCAUCCACAUUCAGAUACAUUCAAAAUGUUGUGUGGUGGGAAAAAACCUUAUUUUGCUGUUGCUGUGUGCAUUGUUACUUUAACUUCAAUGGUCACGCUUUCUUACCUUAGGUUACAGAGACUUUCUUACCUGCCAAAAAUAAUUCAAGAAGGUAGCAGAUGUAGAGGGAGAAUUACCUAUAGCACAAUAACACCAUUAAAAGAUAACAGAACUUUUAUUAUAUCUGCAUACUUUGACAACAGAGAAAGCAAAGUCACUCGUGUGAUCGGGAUUGUUCACCAUGCAGAAGUAAAACAACUAUACUGCUGGUUCUGCUGUCAGGACGACAGAAAGAUGUAUGUAUCAAAAGCAACAAUUGACGUUCACUCGGACAGAUUUGGGUUCCCUUACGGUGCAGCAGAUAUAAUUUGUUUGGAACCCGAAGGCUGCAAUCCAACACACGUAUCAGUUCAUCAGUCUCCACAUGGAAAUAUUGACCAGCUGCCAAGGUUUGAAAUCAAAAACCGCAAGACUGAGACCUUUUCUGCUGACUUCACUGUAUGCAUCUCUACCAUGUUUGGAAACUACAACAACGUCUUGCAGUUUAUACAGAGUAUGGAAAUGUACAAGAUUCUUGGGGUACAGAAGGUGGUGAUCUAUAAGAACAACUGUAGCCAUCUGAUGGAGAAAGUCCUGAAGUUUUAUAUGGAAGAAGGAACUGUGGAGAUAAUUCCCUGGCCCAUAAACUCACACCUCAAGGUUUCUUCAAAAUGGCUCUUCAUGCAAGAUGGAACACACAUUGGCUACUAUGGGCAAAUCACAGCUCUCAAUGACUGUAUAUACCGUAACAUGCGGAGGAGCAGAUUUGUACUUCUUAAUGAUGCUGAUGAAAUAAUUCUUCCCCUUAAGCACUCAGACUGGAAAACGAUGAUGAGCAGCCUUCAGCAGCAAAACCCGGGGGCUGGCGUUUUCCUCUUUGAGAACCACAUCUUUCCAGAAACCGUGUCGACUCACAUGUUCAACAUUUCAUCCUGGCAUACUGUUCCAGGUGUUAACAUAUUACAGCAUGUUCACAGAGAGCCUGACAGGCAAGAUGUAAUCAAUCCCAGGAAAAUGAUAAUCGAUCCACGAAAGGUGAUUCAGACUUCAGUCCACUCUGUCCUACGUGCUUAUGCGGACAGUGUGUAUGUUCCCAUGGAUGUUGCCCUCAUUUAUCACUGCCGGGUGCCCCUUCAGGGACACCUUCCCAGAGAAGCCCUCAUCAGGGAUACAACACUGUGGAGAUAUAACUCAUCGUUAAUCACGAAUGUUAACAAGGUGCUGUAUCAGACCGUACUGUAAGCUCAGAAGCGCAACCUUGGUUGUAAGGAGGGAAAGUGGAGAGCUACCCGUUGUGUGGGCAGGCAGAGGACAGAUUGUAAGAUCCUAUUAAAAUCACUUUCACGUGAAGCUUACGUCUUACAGAGGCUUGGGAGAACAGCCCUUUUGUGUACUGUGCAAAGGUGAACGCGUCUGACUUGUGAAUAGAGACGUACCUUGUAAGAGUCCACAGUGAUCGAGUGCUAGUUUAGAGUUGGGCUCCUCAGGGAAAGUCUCUACUGUAGCUUUGUUAGGUGUGAGAGCCGAGGCAUAGUGAGAAGAUGGCUCAUUUAUAGCCUGUAACUAUGGAAGGGCAUUAUUCAAGGCCUAGGAGGUGACCAUUUAGAAAUUAGAAAGUUAAUUUAAUGAUUUCUACCUUUCCCUCUUUUUCUUUUCACAUCUUCGUAUAUGUUUCAGCUAGUACAAUGAACCUGUGAAUUACCUGAAGAAGGAAUGAAUUGAUUUUUGAUUAUUUGUAUCUCUGAAUCACUUGGUGGACAAAAAAGUACAGCUGUGCUUAGUAAUGCUCAUUAAAAGGUGGCUUGGGACAGCGUUUCCCAGAUGAAGACCUGCAUUGGCAUUCACCCUGUAACUCGUUAGAAUCACAGAAGCAAGAUAAGAAAACAGCAGUUGUAGCACUGGAACUGCCACUUUUUUAGAGGUGUUUCUUCUUAUGGGAAACGGGAAUUUGUAGCAGAGCUGUAAGUUAUUUAAUAAUAACCAAGCAUCAAUGCAGAUGGUAUUACUUCUUCUGGAAAAUGUAAAAUGAGUUUGUUUUCAAUUAAAAAUCAAUAAAUCAAUAUUUCUUAACUGA